AUGGAACAACAUGACUCUUCUAUUAUACAUUUAAAUGUUGGUGGACAUCACUACUCCACACGAGCAAAGACUCUUCGUGCCCAUCCAUAUUCCGUUCUCGGGCAAAUGUUUACAAACCCCAUUGCCGUCUCUAAAGAUGCCAAAGAUAAUAGUUACUUUAUUGACCGUAAUGGAUCGGUAUUCGGAUAUAUAUUAGAUUACCUGCGAACAGGUACACUUGUAGUCCCGCGAGAUCCCAUUACGUAUUUAACACUACGCCGUGAAGUUGGAUUCUACGGUCUUCCUGUAUAUGCACAACUCCCGCCUGUUCAACCCGCAGCGUGGGAAAUGGCCCCAAUGCGAUAUCGUCAUGUGCGUAUUACUGUGGAAGAACUGGAGAAACACAUUGAAUGGGAAGAAGGAACACUUCCGAAUGAUCUUGAAACCUGUUCACUAGCGGAGAUUGUGGAUUUCUUUAGUCGACGAGGGUACAAGAUUGCAUCUGAGUAUACACAUCGGGGAAGUAAAGGUCUUACUUCAGUUUGGAUGAGUAAGAAGGAACGAUUCCCUGCCGCAGAUGUGGCUAUGGAAGUCACUGAUACUCCAAUGGGUUAA